CCGCUGUAACUGUUCAAAUCCGCUUCUAGAAUGUGAUGAGCGCAUGCGCAGUGGCGCACACUAAGGCUGGGCAAGGACAUUGGGAGAGAAGUGACAUUUGUCUAACGUGACAACAGUUUUUAUUCUUUAUAAAUCACACAGAUAUUUGCGUUAAUCGGAUUCACACACACUCUCACAUCUCUGUCCCGUGAUCCGACGCAUCACUGUUUUUGAUCCGAUUCAUUAAUUCAGACUUCUCUUGCCAGACGUGAGGGAGUGGCUGGAGGCCUCAACCGUUAAAGGGAGAAUUCCCUUCUUAUCCUCAUUGAGGUUGUGGAUAAUAAUGUCAUUGCAUCUGCAUUGAGGUUGCUUCAGCAUCCUGACGUGAAUGGCUGUGUGCCGAGGGGGAGUUUCUCUUUGGGUGGGGUGUGUCAAGAACCAUGGAGGCAGGCAACCAAUGACAAAACAGUGCUGGAAUUUAUGUCAGACAACCGAGUUUCACCUUCAUGACAACGGAAGGAACCUGAGCAGUGCAUCGUGGGCCUUGGCUCCCCCAACCGGUCUUCGCUACCAGCCUGUCAAUCUCCCAUCGCUUUCCCAUCCAUUCCACCAUGCCUGUCAGCCGAACAGAGCUUCCAGCCUGGAGGAUGAGGAGUGGGAGGAACCCAUCAGCCUGUGUGUCCUCCUCAAACCCGCUGAGACGAAUGAGCACGCCAUGGUGGAGGUGCCCCUGCUCGGGCAAACCAAACUGAGCGAGCUCCUGGCUUUGGGACCCAACGGAACCUUUGACUUGCUUUUUCCUUUAACCACUGUCGAUGGGAGGAGAGAGGAUGAUAUUUGCAUUACCGGAAAGGUAGGGACUGAGAACGAGCCGAGGGAGAGAGGAUCAUUCAGGAGUCUGUUUGAAAUGGAGGGAUGUCCCGCCCCGUUCAUUUUGGGAUCUCGUUUCUAUUGCUUCCACUGCCCUGAGAUGGAGUCUCACUUGGAGAAGAGAAACGUAGAGGAAGCGCAGCGGUUAAAUUCAGCCCUCCGAGUUGUGCGUUGUAGCCCUGCUGAGAUGCAGAGCGUGGACAAAUACUCCAGCCAGGGAGAUAUGGAGAAUGAGGAAAAACUAGCCCAGAUGUUUGAGAAACUGAGGGUAGAGUUGCCAAAUUUCUUUGUGAAAAAUCACGACUACAGCAUAUACUCUGAAGAUGUUGUGUUCAUCAAUGGUCUUUUGGACACCAAGACAAGGGGUCGUGUUGUGUACCAGCUGACUUUGACGCUUUGGCGACUGAUGUGUCUGUGUUACUAUGCGGAGGCUCAGCUUGAAGUGCUGAAGCUGACCAAGCAUCCCGAGGACGGCUCCAUCCAGGCUCGCUGGAGAGUCAAAGGCCUCCCCUUCCACUCCCUUCUGGUGUUCUUCUAUAAGAAAGACAAGAGCCAACUUUACAAAACAUACGAUGCAUUCUCCACCUUCUAUCUUGGCUCUGAUGGACGGAUACACUGUCAUAAAGUUGAAAAGGUUAUGCAGGCUCGUCCUCCGUUGCUGCCCAAAGUCACCUCAGUGCUGGCGGGGGCUUUGGUGGCUCUGGGCAUUCAGGAACACCGACCGGCCCUCAACCUGCUCCCACUCCUCCUGUCCUCCCUCCGACAAGCCCGAGCCUGAGCCGAAAACACGGAUGGAGAAGGAACGCUUAGCAGAAUGUGUGUGCGGUCACAUGAUCGAGACUGAUAAAGAGCUUAAAGAGAAACUAAUGUUAUUGUGUGAGUCGAGUGAAUGAGACGUUGGUGACGUUUUUCUUUGAAACUAAAAUGAACGAGUUAAAAAUAUCAGCUCAUAAAACAACAGAACAGCUCAUAAAACAAGUUUUGGAUUGUAAAUGAUGGAUUGUAAGAGGUCUAUUUAAUACACAUUGCACUAUUUGGAAGGAUAACCUGUUAGCCCUCAUCAUUUAAGCCACUUAAAGGGAUAGUUCACCCAAAAAUUGUGUCAUGUUUUAAACCUGUAUAAAUAUCUUUGUUAUGCUGACCAAAAAAGAAGAUAUUUUGAUAAAUGAUGGUGAGCACACAGUGAAACUCAUACAGGUUUAAAACAACACAAGGGUUUAUAAAUGAAAACAGAAUUUUCAUUUUUGGGUGAACUAUCCCUUUAAAAAUAUUUAUUUUUCUCAAUGCACAAUUAUGGUUGUUUUUUACGCGCACACCUACUGUACAGGUAAAUAAUAUGAACUCGCGACUCAUUGCUGAGUUUAGAUAAGUAGAAGCAGAUCUGCUAAGACUGACAGUAUGUUAUAGCUGUUAAGUUGGUGGGUAUGGCUUUAAUGCAUAAAAAUCCAGAUUUUAGGAACAAUAGAUAUUGACCAUAGCAUGGUACAUAAGUCUUGAUUUAUAUGUAUAUAUAUUGUAUUUAUAUAUUCAUUAGAUCAUUUGCAUCAACCGAUUGUUCCAAAACAAGCUCCUAGUGUUUUCAUUGUGUCAACAUAAUUGAAGGCUGCCUUUGCAAGUACUAGUUAUCAAUCUGGUUUCUUAUUUGCCAGUCAUUCAGUAUAAUGUUCUGGGUUAUUAAAAUGCCAAAUACAGCACUGGUCUUAGAAAUGUCAUGCCAUCCAAGUAAAAAAACAUCCACACAAAAUGACCACAUUAGUUUGAAACGCCUAUACAAAAGUGUUUUUGCAUAUGUAAAACAUUCUCACCAUUGCAUUGGUUAUUUCAACUAUAGGUUAAUUGUUAAGUUUUGUUCUGUUAUACUCAUCAGUUCAGCGAUUGACUUUGCGUCAGUGCUUUAGGUGCAACGACAUGUGUUCCUCAAUCAAGAACAUUUCCAAUGACUUUCCUUCAAGACAAAGCAUUUUAGUGGACUUCCUGUCACAAGAUAAACCUCAGUGAGAACACAUCCAUCGCAAAUUAACAAAGCAUGAAAUGUUAAACUUGACUCUCGGUUAUUUUUGACCCAUGUUGGGUAAAUAUUGGACAAAACACAUACUGGGUUAAAAAAUGCCCAAUGCUGGGUUGUUGUUAUGCAACCAUGGGUUGUAAUAACCAAGAGUGGUGUGGUCUGUGUAAUAUUUACCCAACAUGGGUCAAAAAUAACCCAGCCAUUUUUAGAGUAUGCACAACUUAAAUAUUAUCAGUGGGUAUAAAACUACUAUACAUGUAUAAAAACAAUAACAGACUUCAUUCUGGUCCAAGAACAUGGUGUGAUUAUGUUGUGUGAAAAAUAAAGUGCACACUGACGUCAAUAUA